AAAAAUACGACUUAACAAUUUAAAAAAAAAACUAGUGCUACCAAAAAUAGUCGAAUAGUAUAAUACAGUUUAUGGAGUGCAAAGACAUUGGAAUCAGUUUAAAAUUCUGGCAACGUUUCUGUUUAAAGCCAAUUUAAUAUCAAGCAUCGUUUAACGUUCAAACUACUUCCAGUUCCGCAAAACUGCAAUAUCAUUUUGACCCAUAUUUCCGAAAGGAUAAAAUUUUCUGCUCGUUUAAAAUUCAAAACAGAAGAUGAGACUUUACGGUUUCGUUUUUCUAAUAGUGAGUAUCGAAGCGAAACAUAGAACAAAAUACUGUGAUGUUGUUUCUACGGAUCCGACCAAACAUUGCUACGUAAAGGAAAUUUUGACUUCCAUCGCUCAUAGUCCGAACCAGUUGUCUGUGGACAGGACUACCAACACUUUGUACUUCAGCUUCGAUUUCGGACAAGGGGAGUACGUGCCUGCAAUAUUAAACAUCGAAAGCAAAAAUAUCAGCGUGUUGAAAGGAGUCAAAGAUGCUUUUGCCAUCGCCAACGAUCCGACUACAGGAGAGAUGUACUUUGGAGGCAGUCAUGGCAUCUACAAGUACAAUGCCCCGAACAGAAGCCUGCAGAGACUCAACAUCAACAAUCUGGACAUUUGGUGGUUAUUCGUCAAGAAAAGGAUAUACUUCAUCAAGUUUCCUAGCCUCAGUGCAUUUUAUUAUGAAAACAAGACAAUAAGGUCUGUUCCUGAGCUUAAAAAGGAUAUUGUCCAUCAGUUUGUUAUGGACAAGGAAGAUAACAUUUUCUUUAUAAAUGGUACUGGUCUGUUCGGUAUAAAGCAUGAUGACAACAAGCCGGUAUUGUUGCGAGAUCAUCCAAGGUUUCUGGGUAUUGCUACAGAUAUGAAUGGAUAUGUUCACGUUUGCAGUGAAGAUGGCAUUUUCAUUGUUACCAAAGUGAUUCAAAAGGUAAAGAAAGUUAUCAACGUGCAAGGAGUGCUAGGCAUCACUUUUGACAGUGCUAAUAAUAUAAUUUACUCUGAUUCUCAUGAGAUUAUAAGACUAGUUCCGAUGGCGAGGGAUAAUUAUUAUAUUCAACAUGAUCAUCGUUACGACAAAGAUUAGAAGUUUGUAGACUAAAUCUAUGAAUACAACGUUUAUUGUACUGAGAUAGUUCGCUGCAUCUCACAUUGCUGUUUUUGACGGGUUGACUGACAGGCGUAGUGGCUAAACGUUUGGCUUUUUCACUACCUGUUCGUGGUUUUGA